GUUAGCUUGCUAUAUGGGUAAAAUUAAAUAACAUUUGUUGGUUACUAUCUUCUCUUGUUGGGAUAUCCGUCAACUCUUCGCGUCCAAGAUACCAUGGUUUGCGACAUGUAAAAAGAUUUACGGCGUUGUUUAUUAACUCCUAUUUGAACUCGUGUGGACGAAGGGCGAAGUAACCAGCUAUCGACACUACUUAAUUGCAAGGAUUUAUUGACAAGGGACAUUAUAAUUGAAGGCUGCUACGGUCUCAGGCAGGGACAUGGCCAACCCUCUGAGGAGUGAGGUUAGACAGCUGUACAAGAAUCUCCUGUUUUUGGGACGGGAAUACCCCAAAGGCACAGACUACUUCAGGGAACGUCUGAAGGGUGCCUUUAUGAAGAACAAAGAUGUCACAGACCCUAAGGAGAUCAAAAAGCUAGUCGACCGUGGGGAGUUUGUGAUCAAGGAACUGGAGGCCCUGUACUAUCUGAGGAAGUACAGAGCCAUGAAGAAGCGUUACUACGAAGAAGAAUUGUCCUCCGUGCUGAAUAUAGGCAGACCGGUAGACUGAUAGCCUAGCUAUUUGGUGGCUGAAUCUUCAGUGUGCAAGUUUUAGUUUAGCCGUCCCUGAACAAGAGUGUUAUUAGCAACACAAACGUCCUUAAUUAAACACAAAUGUUAGGUAUAUAUUACAGACAAGUGUUAUGAACUACACUUGCCACCCACCUCGAGCUGUGGAAUGACAUCCACCAAAUGACUUCAGACAGUUCAAAUGACUACAGUUCUCUCGUGUACAUAAUUGUAAAUAAUACAUGAUAGAAUGUAUUGAUAGCGUGUACAAUGUAAUUUAAUUAUAUAAAUGAGACACGGCUAUUACCAAUGAAUGUUUAUUUUAAAUGUACAACACUGAUAGUCCUAUUUUUGAAAUAAAUGAGAAACGUAAGUCAAGUCAAAGAUAUUUCAUUUUUAACAAUCCUAACUUUACGUGUCUUUUCAAGUCAAUGUGAUGUAGGCUACUACAUACAGUACCUUCAGAAAGUAUUCACACCCAUUGCCUUUUUCCACAUUUUGUUGUGUUACAGCCUGCAUUUAAAAUGUAUUACAUUUAGAUUUGUUUGUCAGUGGGCUACAGAAAUUACCCUAUAAUGUCAAUGGAAUUACCCUAUAAUGUCAAUGGAAUUAUCUUUGAAGUGAACAGAUUCAUUAAAAAUAAAGAUGUCAUGUCUUGAGUCA